GUCAACAUCAGCUACAUGUAGUUCAUUUACGAAGAAGCGGAGGUCGGCACCCGUCCUACACCGGUGUGUGAGGUAAAAACAAGAGAGGCAGCCAAGUCACGGGUUCACAUCACCUCAUUAACCACAUGCUGGUGAUGUCACUUCGUUUUUUAGGGCCCACAGACUGACAGUUUGUGUCAGGAUGAGGAGAGAUCUUGGGUUGACGCUGCUCUUGCUGCUGUCUGCAGCUGCCGAGUCCAACAGCAUGUCUCCACCGGGGAAACCAGUCCUGCUCGGUUGCAGGUCCCCAGAGAAGGAGACGUUUACCUGCUGGUGGAAGCCGGGCUCCGACGGUGGGCUGCUGACCAAACACCACCUCUACUAUGAGACAGAAAAAUUGGAGGGAACACAGGAGUGUCCAGACUACCACUCGGCAGGGAGGAACUCCUGUUUCUUUGACAAGGACCACACCUCCAUCUGGGUCGAUUACUACCUGUCAGUGGUGGCCUCCAAUGCCCUUGGGAAUGCCACUUCAGACGUCUUUAAGAUGGACGUAAUGGAAAUCGUGAAGCCCAACGUUCCAGAAAACGUCACUCUGCAGGUGAUGAAGAUAGAGGACAAUCCAUACCUCUAUAUCAGAUGGGAGCAUCCCUAUGACACAGACACCAAGUCCGGCUGGGUCACCAUCAAAUACGAACUAAGAGUCCAACAAGAAAACAGCAAAGGGUGGAAGGAGUACACGUCAGGUACACAAACCCAGUUCAACCUGUACAACAUCAAUCCUGGUGUACUGUACAUAGUUCAGGUGCGCUGUGCAUUAGACCACGGCUCCUGGAGCGAGUGGAGCCACUCUACCUCUGUGAAAACCCCAAACUAUGCUCAGAAAAACUUUUGGAUAUUGGUGUCUAUCCUCUCUGCAGUUCCAUUUACAACAGCAAUGUGUAUCUUUGUCAUGAAGAGGAAAUAUGUGAAGAAGUGUCUUCUGGCCCCUGUUCCUGGUCCAAAGAUCAGAGGACUAGAUGUCCAACUUCUGAAGAGGGGGCGAUCUGAAGACAUAAUCAAUGCCCUGAUAAUCAACCAGAGCUUUCCUCCUUCGGUGGCCUGGAAGGACGAGAUAGAGGAGUACCUAAUCGUGUCUGAUGACGGACUUCUGCCAAACCCUUCAAGUUCUCAAAAAAGGAAGAAAAGCUUGAUUAUUCCCACUGGCUUCCACUUAGACUUGGAAAUCCAAUGUAAGGAGUCGUCUCCAGGCCAAAGUGACUGGGACAAGGAUGAGGAAAGAAAGAAGGAAAUAGACAACUUUGUAAAAAGCAUUACGUUGCUCUCAGGGGAGCCACCCCAGCUGCCAACUCAGAAACAGCUGUGCCCAAGUGUAAGCUUUGUAAACAGAGAGGCGACAGAUCAGAGUCCAUCAAAUCACAACGGUGCUGCUGAGAACGUUGUCCAACCUCUGACAAAGAGCGGUUAUGUGGAUAUUCAGAGACACAAGAACAUACAGGAGGUGGGUGUGAAAGAGGAGGACUACAGCAGAAUGCAGGAGGUGAAUGGUGACAAUAUUCUCAUCCUCCAGAAAGAAAAAGUCCCAGCAUACAUGGAUGUUCAGAGACAAGAGGAGAACAUACCAGAGGACUACAGCAGGGUGAAAGAGGUGGACGGUGCCAAUACAGUCCUCCUGCAGAGACAAAAUGUCUCAGCUGACUCUUCCUGUAGGGAGAAGGGUAACCACUACACAAACUGCACCAAUCAGAAGGACUUACACUUUACUGGGCCCGGUAAACUGGGAGUGUGCACAGAACUAAUCUGUAGCGGAUACGUAGAUGCUACCCCUGUACCAUCUUUAAUGGAAGGUUUUGUUUCACAUGCUAUGUCCAAAAACAAAUGACUGAUGCCCCUAGUUAUUUUACUAGGGUUUUAAUGAUAAGAGAAAUAGUUAUAUUCUAUAUUUUUGUUAUUUCUUUCGGAUAGAUUGCCAUGACAUUUGAUGCAGACAUUCAUGGUCACCAGAGGAACAGGACUGGCUUUUAUGAUCCCCUUACGUUUCCUCUGCACCAUGUGGUUCAGAGUGAAAUAUCUCGACAACUAUUUGAAGGAUUGCUGUGAUAUUUGCCACAGAUAUUUAUGGUUUCUUGAGGUUGAAUUCCAAUGACACCGAUGAUCCUCUGAGUUUUAAAUUUUCCACUUGUUCGGUGAAAUAUCGUGGCAGUGGAUGGCCACUUAAUUCUGUUCUGGUAUUGGUUCCCAGGAGAUGAAUCCUAAUUACUUUGCUGAGAAGACUGACAUUUUUGGUUUUGUGUGAAAUAUCUAUUUUGUUACAUACAUUCAAAGUCCUUAGAGAAUAACCUUAAGAUUGUGAACAUGAUAAAGAUUAUACCCGAUAAACAUUAAGCUAUAUCAGGCUUUGGCAACAUAGAAUACUAGUUGGAGAGUUGUAAUUGUUGAUUUUUAGAGUAGUAGUAAAUAGUAGUUGGCCAUGAAAAAAUUACAGAAGGUGUUGCAGUGUGUUGCUUUUGCCUCAGGUCAUUCUGGUUUAUCUGGGGUGUGUACAAAAGAAAAGGAAACUGGACUGCACUCACACUCAACCUACAACUAAAAUUUUAAAUGAGAUGACAUUACAUGGCUUUAAUAGGAAUUGAUCUGGAAAAAGUAAAAAUAGGACUGCACACAAAAAUGUCAGUAGUCUAAUCAUCAUAAACAAUUUUUUUUUUUUGCAUGACACUUAAUGCAACUGAUUUUUUAAAGAAUGACUUUCUGUAACUCGUUUUUGACAUCAAGUUUCAUUCCAAAAGGAUUGAUCCGUUUUAAAAAUAUCAAUUUCCUAGUUGUGUUAUUUAAGGUCACAAAUUAUUAUUUUUGUUUUUUUAUGUAUUUAAGUGAGGAGUUUUAAAUCGCUAAUAAUUCCACAGUUUUACUUUGAGACAAGAAAUCAUUUUGGAAUGAACAUUUCAAAUGUAGGGCCAACACAGGCUACUUUACAUUACAUUGUAUGUGGGAUUUAAAAAGAGAUAAUCUUCUUUUUAUAUUCAUUUAGGGAGAGAAGAAGUAAGAGGAUUCAAAUGCAUUAAUACAAAUUACAUCUAAUGAUCUGUGUUUGUUUCAUAGAAACAAAGAUAGCGACAUAACAUUUUAAAAUGUUUGUUUGUGUCGUACAUUUUAAGCACCAUGUCUGGUCUUGUGUUGCACUCUUCAUAGUGCAGUUUAAACUCAGGAUUUUUUUUUCCUGCCUCAGGUUAAGGAUAGAAACUUGAAGAGUAAACAUGACUUUUUGUGUCUCUGCUCUAUUUGUGGAAGUAAAGUACUAAAAAAUUAUCCCAUGGAAGAUGUUUCUUCUUUUCCUUAAUCCAAAUAAACAAAACUUGAGUAAACUGACCGUUGCAGAUAUAACUAAAAUAUUUCCCAAGAUACU